CGCGACUUUGGGCCGGCGGGCGGGCGCAGGCGGAGCCCCGCAGGAGAAGGCAGAGCUGUACUGGGAGCCCACCAGAGAUGCCCCUCUUUGGAAAUACGUUCAGCCCCAAGAAGACCCCCCCGCGGAAGUCUGCAUCUCUCUCCAAUCUGCACUCUCUGGACAGAUCCACACGGGAGGUGGAGCUGGGAUUGGACUAUGGGACGCCGACCAUGAACCUGGCUGGGCAGAGCCUCAAGUUUGAAAAUGGCCAGUGGAUAGCAGAGUCAGGAGCCUGUGGAGGCGGGGACCGUAGAGAGGCCCAGCGGCUGCGGAAGAGGAACCAGCAGCUGGAAGAAGAGAACAAUCUCCUGCGGCUCAAAGUGGACAUCCUGCUGGACAUGCUCUCUGAGACCACGGCCGAGUCCCACCUCAUGGAGAAGGAGCUGGAUGAACUGAAGAGCAUUAGCCGGAGGAGAAAGUGAUGUCUGAGGCGCCAAGCCCCAGGGGUCAGUAUCGAGGAUCUGGGAAGAGGGAGGGCUGGCCCCGGUGUACACGUCCUCUUGGCGAAGGGUGGCGGCGUGCCGGACUGGCUGGAGCCAUGCCUCUGGGCCAGGAGAGGAUGAGGACUCAAUGCAGAGCAUGGGAAGCUCAGGGUGAUGUGGUGAAGCAGCCCUGUCCAGAGCUGAAGCGAUGGAAGGAAGAGCAGCCCCACGCACUCCUUCCCUGCGAGGUGCAUGCCUCAGAUUGGUCAUCAGCAUGCUUCUGCUUGGCCGCCGGAGGUCCAGCUCUGGCCCCUGCCCCACGGCCUGGGCUGUCCCUCUCCUUAGCGGCUUCAGCAGCUCAUCCAGCACCUUCCUCCUCAGGCUGCUCUCAGGGCAGGGCUGUUUUUGUAGUUUUCCACUUUUAUUAAAGACAGUGAAAUCAAUCUCGUGGUGGCUAAUGUGCUUCUGCCCUCAGCGGCCUGGUUGUGGAGAUGGGCUGUCUCUGUGCUUCAAGGGCAGGUGGAACCAGACCUUUGGUGGGCCAGAGAGUGAGGGAGGUCACACAGUGGGCACUCACAGGUGGUUCUGAUGAGGUCGGGGUGUGCCAUUGUCUCUUAGGGGCCAACAUGGCAGGGAGAGGCCUUACAGACUAAAGGACAACAUAAAGGCCAGAUGCCAUCAUCGGCUAGGGCUCUAAGCUUCCCUGUCUACCCAGAAAAGGGAAAUGAGAGCUGACCGACUCCCACCAGCAGGCAGAUAGACACAAGAGGCUAGAAGGGGCGGCACGCCCAGCCCAGGCAGCCAUCAGCCCUGCUUCCAGCAGGCAUCUGCAGGUGCACUGCCACUCCCCCCAACUCUACCCUUAGGGCAGGCGAGCCGGGCCUCACUGAAGCAUCAGGGCACCCUGGGGGAGAGUCAGGCAAGUCAGGCUACCACCGUGCCCCCUCACAUCCCAAGGGAGACAAUCCAGGAACCUCAGCCCAAGAGCCUUGGGAAUAGUUGUGCUACCCCAGCCCAGAGCUCUCUGCCACCAUCCUGGGAGGUGCAGCCUAGGGACAGCUCCUUCCUGCAGCAGCUGCAGCCACAGCUUCAGAAGUUGUUAUCACCAAAGUCCUUGGCCUUGGCCAACGGUCCAACGUCAGAAAUGUGUCAGUGGAGAUAUUUGUAGCAGCUUUCUUUGUCUUGGCAAAGAACUAGAAAUUUCAGGAAUGCCUAUCAAUUGGGGAACAGCUGAAAAAGUUGUGGUCUGUGAAUGUGAUGGAAUACUACUGUGCUAGAAGGAAUGACUGAGUUCAAUGAUCUUAGAAAAACACGAAUAGACUUGUGUGAUGUUUCAAUAAAGGUUCGAGAGACA